UAAGAACUGGAGAGUAAUCGAGGACUAUACAGGUAGCGACCACCAGUAUAUCGUUUUCGACCUGUUCGACAACUUCGACGAAUAG